CACAUGUAUAUAUAAAAUCAAAUCACUCUCUUGAUCAUUACACACCACACACCAAACUCAUCAAUCACCGUUAGUUGACACAUCACAUAUAUCAAUCUUAUUUUCUCUCUAAAAAUAUGCAAGGCGUUCACGGCGGCUACCGUCUCCGAUCAGACGGUGGUGUCCGUCUAGAACUCACACCCACAACCAACUCACCUCUCGCAAUCGACAUCUCAGAAUCGACAGAAAUGCGCAUCCAAAGACUAAUAACUGAAAACCCAGUUAUUAUAUUCAGCAGGUCAUCUUGCUGCAUGUGUCAUGUCAUGAAACGCUUGUUUUCUUCACUCGGUGUUCACCCAACUGUUAUUGAGUUAGAAGAGGAUGAGAUCGGUGCACUUUCCGCUUCUCAAAACGACGCCGCCGCCGCUGAGACCGUCGCCCCGGCUGUUUUUAUUGGCGGAGAACGUGUCGGUGGGUUGGAAAGCCUUGUCGGACUUCAUUUGAGUGGUCACCUUGCUCCCAAACUUGUUGGUGCUGGCGUUCUUGUUUUGUAACACCAACAACGACGAGGACGAGGACGAGAUAUAAUCCGUCUUAUUUCAUGACAAACCCCAAAACACUAGGGGGGAUUAUGGUAAUUCUAUUAUUGAUAUAUAUAAUUGUGUUUUUUUUCUCUUUUCUAAAUUUACUUUUUUGUAAUUUUUUCUUAAUUUUUAUGGACAUUUAGGACUGUAUGAAUUUCAUUUUCUAAUUGUAAAAAAUGCAUAAUUUAUUAAGUUGGAUUUUAUCAUUA